UCUCUCGCUGUUCAAGUCUAUUCGCCAUGCCAUGCGAGGAGUUUGACUCGUUACUAUUCUUACCUCACUUACUCUUCUUCCAUAACGAAAGUCCUAGCCUUUUGUAAGCUCACGAAAUAUUUCCACUGGAAUUUGUAAAGAGCUACAAGACCUUUUAGCGCUCGAGCCUUACUUUCCUCCAUUCGACAUGUCAAGCUUGGAAGCAAAGAAGGUUUUGGCGCGAGGAAAAAAGGGACACCGGUUUACCAACUGGUCUACUACAUAUUCUUGCUCCCCUGAAUUAUACUUCGAGCCAGAAUCCACCGAUGAAAUACGGCAGAUUUUGCUAAUUGCAAAGGAGCUCCAUAAGCGUGUGCGUGUGGUAGGGUCUGGCUACUCCCCGUCUGAUCUUGCUUGUACCCCAGAGUAUAUGAUGAGUUUGAAGAAAUACAAAGCUGUUUUAGAGAUUGACCAGGAGAAACAGCAAGUAACAAUGCAAGCAGGGCUCACACUCACCGAGCUCCACACCGUGUUGGACAUUCAUGGACUUGGAUUCCCAAACCUUGGUGCAGUGUCGGGUAUCUCCUGUGCUGGGGUGAUCUCCACCUGUGUGCAUGGAACUGGGUUCAACUAUGGUCUCCUAGCAACACAUGUUUCAAGACUGGAUAUAAUGACGGCAAGUGGAGAAAUUAUCACCUGCAGUAGAAUGCAUAAUGAAGACAUCUUCAGAUCUGUCAUUUGUGGGAUGGGUUCAGUUGGUGUUAUUCUUUCCAUUACAUGGCAGUGUGAGAAGACCUUUAGUCUUUGCUUAAACAAGAAAUCCUUCUAUUUAAAUGAGAUGCUUGAGGACUUGGAGGCACAGCUUGUGUCCUGUGAUCACUUCAAGUUCUUUUGGUAUCCACACACUGACAAAGUUGUUGCAGAAUAUGCAAGUAGAACAACAAGGGGCCAUACUCCUCCACAGAAUAGCUGGUUUAGGGACAUGUUGAUUGGGUUUUAUUUGCUGGAGUUUCUUUACUGGUUAAGUAUUUUUAUCCCAGCUCUUGUGCCUCUGAUAAGCAAGUUGUAUUAUAUGAUAGCAACAUCGGGUAGCAAGGAGAGAAUUGACAGAAGCUACAAGAUUAUGAAUUUUAAUUGUUUGUUCAAGCAGUAUGUGACAGAAUGGUGUAUUCCAAGAAAUAAAGUUGCAGAUGUCUUGAGGACGUUACGAGAUUGGACUGAGAAAAGUGGAUACAAAGUCCAUUUUCCUGUUGAAGUUCGCUUUGUGAAGGCUGAUGAUUUCUAUCUGAGUCCAUGCUACAAGACUGAUUCCUGUUUCAUUAACAUCAUCUGCUACAGGCCAUACAACCAGUUUGUUGCCCAUGAUGCCUACUGGAGAUUCUACGAGAACCUGAUGGAUUCCGUUGGAGGCAAGCCUCACUGGGCUAAGGCUCAUAAUCUGUGUGCCGCUGACAUGGAAAAGAAGUACCCGAUGUUCAACAAAUACCGGGAAGUUUGCCAGAGGCUAGACCCACAAGGAAUCCUGAGGAAUUCAAAUGUAGACUGCACCAUUUUUGGUAAAACUUAAAAAGCAAGUGCACUGCACCAUUUUUGGUAAAACUGAAGAAGCAAGUGCUUCUUCAGUAGGUAGAAGCUGGGCUUAAACGGCAAAUGUUGGCAGCAUGUACAAGGCUGGUGCAUACUAUGGCGUAUGUGCAAGCACAAGCUCAAGAAAAUCAAGCACAGGUACGAAAGUCCAGGUAGUUUAGUUGCGCUGUCCACUUCCUAACCCUGGCCUAUGUGCGCUGUCCCUGACCCAGUGCGCAGAACAAUGCAAAUAAUAACUCAAACACAGUUUGCGCUAGCCUUAAUGUGCAAUGUUCAAUUGUGUUAUAGUGAGCAAUAGGGGAGUAAAUUGCAUAACGCUUGCCUCAUAGUAAGAACCAGCCUCAUUUCACAACGAGAGAAUAUUUGAAACAUAAUAAUAAUAAUAGGAUUGUACAAUCGUCCACAUAUUUGUCAAGAUAUAAUGCAGGUAUCUAGCAUAAUGCAUGUUAUAUAGAGCAUUUGUUUGAAGAAUGUUAUACAGAGCAUUUGUUUGAAGAAGCCAUUCGUAAAGCAUAAUCAAAACUCAGCUUAUAAUGCUGGUAUCGCAACGCUAGCCACAAGACAUAGUUUACCAACUAUUUCACAGCACCUCCAAACUUAGGAGGUUCAGACUUGUGCUAAGCAGUGUUGGCUGUAAUGGCCAUCAUUACCGCGGUAGUCUUUCUAUUUAUUAGUUUAUUUAAUUAUUAUUAAUUUUCUUCGUAUUUACUACCCUGCAUGCACUAUUUAGGAUGAUUUUAUUAUUUAAACAGAGAGAUGUGCGCAUUAGAAAGAUGUGCGUAGUAUUUAUUAUAUUUUUUGUAAACAUUCUCAGCGAGAAAAUCUCUCGCAGAAUUAUUUUUAAGACUAUAUAAUAGAGAGCAGAACUUAAUUCAAACAUCCUUUUUUUCUUGGUAGUUAGAGUAUAUUUUUACAUUUUGUCAGCCUGAAACAUAAUAAAAUCCACAACAAUUUAUAAAAACUGAUUACUUUUUAUGUACAAUUGUAGAAUUUAAUUGUCAAUAUAGCCUUGCCUAACGGUGAUUGGUUUAGGACAUCGUCCAUAGAAUACUCUGAGCAAAGUAACUUGAAAAAAAAAUAAUAAGAAAAAUAAAAUACUAGUAAGAUAUUGAGUUAUAAGUAAUAGUAAUAUUAAUGUUGCAGUUAUUUUAAAAAUUAUAGAUCAAGGAAGAAAAAGCACCGACGACAAGUAGAAAACCAAUGUAAAAGUGAUAAAAUAAAAAACGAAAUAUGCUACUUA